CUUCCUCGCGCACGCGCCCCUGAAGCCACUUGUCUUCUCAGUACUCCGCUCGCCGUCCCCAGCCCGGGCGCAGCAAUGGCUCUCAACCUGGAGGACUAUUUCCGUACGGUUUACCAGGAGAAAAUGUUGGUGCACAUGCCGGAGCGGGAGGAUGAGCACCUCACACCGGUGACAAGGCUGCUGGAGAAGAGACGGGAGAUGGCCGAGGUGGAGCAGGCGCUCGCAGCACAGAAAGAGGAAUUCCAGAUGAAGAUGGAGAGUUUGCAGCAGCGCCGAGAAGAACUGGAAAGGAAAGAAGAGCAACUGAAGGAGUCCCUCCUCAAGUUUGACAGAUUUCUCAAAGAGAACGAUUCAAAGCGCAGUCGGGCCCUUAAGAAGGCCCAGGAGGAGAAGGAGAUGGCCCGACUCAAAGACCGCGACAUCGAAGAACUGAACAAGGAGAUCGUGCUGCUGGCUGUUAAAAAGGACAACCUGCAUAAGAAAGUGGAGAAGAAUGCCAUCUUCUGGCAGUACCUACAGAAAGUCACAGAGAAAUCCGAGAAGUUUGAGGAGAUCCGAGAGAUUCUGGGCCGCUUCGACACCCUCAUCUCCACCCAGGAGCAGCUGCUAGUGCGAGAAAGCGAGAACCAGGAGAGGAUUGAGAACGAGCGGCUGUGGCUGCACCAGUUCAUCGAGGAGAAAAACAACAAGAUCCUGCAGUAUAACAACGAGCUGGCCACCCUGCAGAGCCGGCUGGACAACGCCAGGUCUGAGGCCAUCAGAUGGGAGUCCAAGUGGAAUCACAUCCAGAACACGGCGGCUAAAAAAACGCUCCUGCUCGGCCAAAUCAAAAUGGUGACUCUGAACCUGUUCCAGCUGGUGAACAAGCAAUCUGUACAGCAGGAGGACAUCCCCAUCGAGGACACCGCUGGACAGCUCAAGAAGAUACAGAUGUUUAUUCUAAACUUGACUGAAGUCCUGGCUGACCUGAAGAGGAUGGAUGUCGCCACCUCAUCCCACUCUCUGCCACAUCCAAACUAGGAAGAUCGCAGUUAAGAUGGCCGCGUUGUCAUUACGGACUUGCUGUCUAAAUGCAGAUGUCUGCAGUGCUGCCGAAGAGACAGAGAUCCUGCGGACAAAACCAAAAGCAAACAUUAUUCAUUUUUGUCACUUCAUUGUUUUUAACUUAAGUAAUGCUUAUUUUCUUACAACUUUACUAUGAUCCUUGUUCAUUUUUAUCCAUUGCAGAAUGAAUGCCAACAAAUUAGUAUAAUGGCAGCAUUGGCUUUGAUUGAAUUCCCACAGUGCAGCCUUGGCUCAUUUACAUUCCCUGAACAAACAUUCGCAGCCAUUACAAGAAAAACUUCCUGUAACUUCCUCAGCCAAAAAUAAAUAUUGUUUAUUUUUAUAUUUUACUUAUACACAUAUAUAUGUAUUAUAUAUCACACACACACACAAAAUGUUUACUUUUGGUUGAGGAAGUUACAGGAAAUUUCACGCAGAGACUGUCACCUCAGCCAGGGCUGUACCAGGAUCUUUACCCAGCCGGGAUGUCA